AUGAACGUGGGGGGUAAGGCGUUGACGAAUGUGCUAAAGGAGGUGGUGUCAUACCGCGCAUGGAACAUGAUGGACGAGACACUCAUCAUGGACCAUGCCAAGGAGCAACUGUGCUUUGUCUCGCUCUUCCCCACACGCCACCUGCCGUUAGCCAGGAAACGGGAUGCCAGCAACAUAUUCCGGGCAGAGUAUUUGCUGCCCGACGGGGUGACUCUGCUGCGCGGGCAGGUGAAAGACCGUGCAGCAGCGAUGCGAGCCGUGAAGGCCCAGGAGGAGCUGUGGGAGCAACACAUGGCAGAGGAGCUAUCACUGGCAUCAGAGCGCUUCAUGGUGCCGGAAGGCCUCUUCCACCCCUCCGACCUGGGUGUCAGCCAGGCAGGUCUGGCAGAGACGAUAGUGGCGGCUGUCAAUGCGGCUCCUCCAGUCAUCCACCCCCUGAUCUACUCCAACAUUGUACUGGUGGGCGGCAGCUGUCAGUUCCCAUUCUUCAAAGAGCGACUGGCAUUGGAGUUGCGACCCCUUGUGCCCGAAUCGCUACCCGUUAACAUCUCUCUCUCUCAAAGCCCGGUGGUGAGCGCAUGGAAGGGAGGUUCUGAAUUGGUUAAGUCAGGAGAAUUUGCUCGCAAAGCAGUCACUAAGAAGCAGUAUGAAGAGUUGGGUUACGACAGGGUCUCAGAACUGUUCAAAUACUAA